UGUUAGUUUUCGAUUUAUUUCACUUCUUCUACACAGAAGAGUACGGACAGAUCGGGAGAAGAGCAAUGGAGUUUUACGACGAAGACAAGCCAAGAUUCGUCUUCCAAUCUCGUCCUUCCUCUUCUCGCAAGACGAAGGAGGAGGAAGAUCAUAAAACCCCUAACAAGAUCUUCAUCUCAAUCUCCGUCGUUAUCUCCCUUCUCACUCUAUCACUCUCCUUCUUCUACUUCGAAUCCGAGCCUACCCAGUCGCUUCUCUUAUGGCUCGCAAUCUCCUUCCUCGUCGGUCCUUUCGCGCCUCCUUCUCUCACCGGUGGCAAAAUCCGCGUCGGUUACGGUCAGAUCCUGGAGCCGGAGCAGCUCAACGAGGAACACUCGACGGAUAACGAACGCGAAUCGAGGAGGAACAAGCGAUCUAAUAAAGUGAUGAAAAACGAUAAACCGCCGGAAAAUCCACCUCCAGUAAAAGUGGAUCGGAGUGAGAUUCAUGGAUCUGUGAAGGAAACCAAGGAGUGGAGUGAUGAAGAGAUCGAAGUUCUGAAGAAGCAGCUGGUAAAGCAUCCGGCGGGGAAGCCUGGGCGGUGGGAAGCGGUGGCGGCUGCGUUUGGAGGGAAGUACAAGACGGAGAAUGUGAUCAAGAAGGCGAAAGAGAUUGGGGAGAAGAAAGUCUACGAGAGUGACGACUACGCUCAGUUUCUGAAGAAGAGGAAAGCUUCUUCGGAUCCGAGAUUGGGUGAAGAAGAAGAAGACGCUGGGAAGAAUGGAGGAGAUGACGAGACUUGGAGUAAUGGAGAAGACAUUGCACUGCUCAAUGCUCUUAAAGCUUUUCCGAAAGAGGCAGCCAUGAGAUGGGAGAAGGUUGCAGCUGCAGUGCCUGGGAAGUCCAAGGCAGCUUGUAUGAAGAGAGUUACUGAGCUUAAGAAAGGGUUUCGGAGCUCCAAGUCGGGAGCCAAUUAGCUAGGGAGAGAAGUUGAUUCAGACUCUUUUUUCAUGGUAGUUGUUACAUGUGUUCUGAAUAAUUGUGAUAUCUACAUUGAAUGUGAGUUAGCUGGAAGAUGAUAAUCACUAUUCUUGGGAGAUAGUGUUAAUGUUAUGUUGAUGACGUGUUCUUGAGCUGAUGUCUUACUCUUUAGGUUAUGGCUCGUGUUUUUGAUGUUGGGAAGGCUUGCUAUUUUAUCCAAUGGUUGUAUGAUUCAUAGUUGGUAAAAGUGUCUUUAUUUUCUUUGGUU